AAGAACAGAAAAUAUAAGUCGAUUAUUGACAUGACCCAGGUUGUGGCUAACUAUUUGCAAACUCUGAUUAGAUGCACAGGAUAUUCUAUCAAAAAGCCCUCGGUGCGCGCGAAGUUGUUUGGUGAAUUACUGCUAUCCGCUAGCUACUCUUGGCCAAAACCUAAUUCGAAUCCGUGAAACCUUUCGCGUUCUCAGUUGUUUUACAACUUCGCCGUUUGAAAUGGCAAAGCGAAGUUAACUUUGCUCUUUUGAUAACUGUGCAUCACUGGAUUAUUAUGGACGAUUGAUGUAAACUGAGUUUGAUAGCGCGGCUUUGCUAGUUACCAUGAAGUUCCGGUUAUAAACCCCUCCGGUUAGGGGCCCAUUUAUAUCAAUAGAAAACGCCCCCCCCCCGGACAUAAGCCCCCCGCUUUAAGCCCACCCAAAGCCCUCAUGAAGUUGUAUAAGCCCGCGGCAAUGAUUAACUAGAUGCGACAUAAAUUAUGCGCAGUUCAUAAUUUCAACACGGUUUCCAUGGUAACUUUUUAUCCCACGGAAUAAUUGUUGAGUUAUUGUUUUGGAUUUUGUUUUCACGCUGAUCAAACAAACUUCACAGAAGCAAAUUAAAAAAAAGAUGGCAAUUUCGUGACAACCCGGCACAAUCUUUUGUUUUGCCACCCUCGUGUACAGUAUAAUCGAAUUGUAUGGUAACCAGCUUUUUUUUAUCAAUUGCUUACGUACACGAUAAUUGUGUCCACGGACGACAAAAAGGGAACCAAACAUUAUAUAUCAGCUACAACUUGCUGGGCUUCGAAACCAUCGUCCUUUUCCAAACGUUCACCAAUAGAUAUGAGACUCACAUCCAUUUGGAGAACAAAACUAGUUGUGUUCUUCACUGUUCUCGCGGCAGUGUGGAACACUUUCGUGGUUUUUAAUUAUCAAUAUGCAAGGCAGUCUCUCGAAAAAUGUCCUAAAGACAUUAAAGAACAAGGCAAAACACUUGUGUUUGAUAAAACAGAGUCACAAAGCUACCUCAAAGGAUUACAGAAGGAAAUUGAUGAAACGUUUAGGAGAUUCGAAGCAAAAAAUCACACCGUUGGAAAAGCUUUCCGCCUAGCUUCACUGCAUGGCAAAAGAAGCGAAGAGAGGGAACAAGAUAUCGAAAUGAAAACAUCUUUGCCUGAUUGUAAACAGACACCAUAUCUUUUGAUUCUGGUUCAUUCAGCGCCGGCAAACUUCAUGGAAAGAGAGGCUAUUCGACUGUCUUGGGGAAGACCGCAGAAUAGUAUCAACGAUGCGAACGCAGGAAAGCAACUGAUUCCAUGGUUGUGGAAAACAGUGUUCCUUGUGGGAAAGACACGGAAUCCAAUUUUGGGCGGGCUGUUACGACAAGAGGCCGUAAACUAUCAAGAUAUUGUAUUCGGAAACUUCAUCGACUCGUACCGCAACCUAACAAGAAAGAUGGUGCUAGGGGUUGAAUGGGCAGCAGCCCACUGCCAGGCGCAGUAUGUGAUGAAAGCAGAUGAUGAUUCGUAUGUUGCUGUACUUGAGCUUACACAAUGGUUGGAGGGAUAUCAGCGAACGCAGGGACAUAAUAAAGCACUUUACAUGGGCGCAGCUUUGAUUAACAAGGAGCCUUUUCGCGAACAAGAUAACAAGUUCUAUGUAUCAGUAAAGGAAUAUCCCGCGAAGACAUUUCCCCCUUACGCUUCGGGCCCGGGUUAUGUUUUUAGCGGGAAUUUACUGACAAAACUUUCUAAUGCUAUUAAAGUCGCACGGUUAUUUCCCAAUGAAGAUGCGUGUUUCGGCGCGUUAAUGCAACACAUCAAAGUAGAUCUCUUGAACAAUGAAAGGUUUACUCCAUUCUCAACGGGAAAAGUUCUUUACACUGAAGAAAACGGUUACAGUUUAUGCGAGUUUAAUGGGCCUUUAGUUAUUCACCGCAUCUCUGGGAAACAGCAAAUCGGAACUCACUUUAAUGUCCUCAUAGUAAAACACGCAUCAACCAUAUGCGAGCACAUCAAACAUGGAAUAGGAAGCACUGAUUACCUCAUGGACACUUUUUGGUUAUUUCAUUAACACUGUAUUUUUGUUUAACGGUGCUGAAAAAAAUGUCAAUAAAGUAAGAUGAAA